AUGGACACGGAUUCCGAAGAAUACUACAUAAGAAACAACUGGGAAUGGAUUAAAUUACCAGUGAAUAUUAAACAGAAAUUUGGAAAUACCGAAAAAGAAUAUGAAAAAACUGUCGUCAAUUUUAGUAUCAAACAUCAGCUGCGAUAUAAAGGAAAUUUAGUUCGAAAAAUUCACAAGGAUACCCGUCGUUAUUAUGAUGAUGUAUUGAAUUAUAGUCGUCAACAUUUGAUGUUAUUUCCCUAUCAUUUAUCUGAUAUCUAUGUCAAAGGAUUACGUGUAACACCAUUUUCAUACUAUAUCGAUAUGUUUUGUGAUUUAAUACAAUCAGAAAAAUCCUACGAUACAUUACCAAACUUUACAGCUGCCGAUUGUUUGAGAUUAUUAGCUAUUGGUCGAAAUCAGUAUAUUGAUUUAAUAAAUCAAUCACGAACAAUAUUGACAUCGCGAAAAAAAUUAUUUAAUUUGUCAACAUGGAAAAAUAAUAGUACAUCAUCGAUAAGACAUUUAUUACCAUUGCAACCCGUUGAUGCUCUUGUUAUCGAACCAUGGUGGAAAGUGAAUCUUGGAUGUGUGACAGAUGAUGAUGUUAAAUCGUGUACACAUGAUGAAAAAGUAAUUAUUGAUUAUUUAAUCGAUGAAACUUGUUCAAAAUUAGCGGGUGAAUUAAAUUGUCUAUCUGUUCAUUCAUUGUAUCAGAAAGGUUUAAUUUAUUUGGAUGUACCCGUUUACGAUGACGAUCAUAUACAUCUGCCACCAUUAGAAAAUUUUGUUAUGAAUCGAAUUGUUGGUGAUUAUUUUGAAGUUUUAUUGUAUAAAUUAUUUGUAUCUACCGAUGAACAUACAAGUGUAUCCGAAUUAGCUAAAAUAUUAAAUAUAGAUACUGAAUUAGUUAAACAGACAAUAUCCAUGUUUUGUCGAUUGGGUUUCGCUCGAAAAAAAAAUCUUGAUUAUGAUCAGUUUAUUAUUCAUACAUCGUGGAAAAAUUUUAUGAAUAAUAGUAAUGGUGAUAAUACAUCUUUAUCAUCAACAUCUCCGAAACAAAGCACAGAACAAUCGCAAAAAUUCUUUGAAUGGAAAUCAGAUUUAGAAAUGGAUAGUUUAAUAACACUAGCAGAUGAAACAACACCGUUACAAACGCCUAGCGAAGAACAGAAAAUCUUUCCCUUUGUUUCUCCGUCAGUUUCCACGAAUGGUACUUCUAUUUUUGAAAGUUCAACAACUUGUCUUAGUGGUUCAACACAACCCAAACAACAACGUAUUGGUUUUCUAUUUGAUUCAUCAUUGACUGCCUUCUUGAUGAUGGGUAAUCUAUCUUCAAAUUUAAAAACACAUGCUGUCACAAUGUUUGAAGUUGGAAAAUUAGCAGAUGAAUUAUUAGGAUCAUUCUUACAUGAAUUAGAAAAAAUAGCUCCAAUUUCAAAUGUAGAUAAUCAAAAUAAUGAUGAAGGUGAAGAACAACGUUAUUUUGUUCAUGCACGUAUUUUACAACAGACAAUUAGUUUUUUACGUUUAAAUUCAAAUUUAUUUGUAAGUGACGAUAACAAUGGUCUUGGUGUUGAUCUAUUACGUAUUGAAAGUUUACAAAGUCUUGAUUCUGAAAUUCGUCAACGUUUAUUACAACGUAAUUAUUCGCUAUUAGUGUCUAUGGCUCCAAUUAGUUCAGAAACAAUAUUUCCACCUUAUUAUUCAAAUUAUCAUUUAGGACCAUGUAUUCAAGAAAUGAACAGUGUUUGGUUUAAAUUAUUUUUGUAUGAUCGAACAAAAAAUGGACCACCAACUCUGCUGUUACCCAAAGGUUAUCGUCUAAAUAAAUUACCAUUAUCGUUAAAUAAUUUUGAAAAAUAUCUUGUCACUACUUGGAAUCAUGAUUCAACAAUAAUCUCGAGUGUCAACAUACUGUUAAGUGUCAAUGAUGCACUGUUACAUUCGUCUGUUCUUUUACAAGGUUAUUCUUAUUUGUCAAAUGGAAAACAACAACAUAUACCAUUUCCAUUUGAUAAAAAUAAUAGUGAGUUCUAUUUGAAACAUGAUGGUAUUAAGAAAUUAUGCGAAAUAAUCGAUUUGGAAACAUCUUGUGGUUACAUAACGAUGCUUUACAUUCCAUCAGCAAAUCAUAAAGAAGACAAUGAAGAUACAAUUGAGGAAAUCAAUGAUUGGUUAAUACUUGAUCUAAGAUUUGGUAUACCUUUAUUUGAUGAAAGUAUUAAUAUGAAUAUAAGAGAAAGUAUUAUGAGAGAAAGAUUGUGCUCAAAAAUAAUCUGCGAAAAACGGUUGAAGGCAUCAAAUUCCCUAGCUACACAGCUUUUGUCAUUUAUUAAUGAAAUUCAGAUAAACGAACCGUCUCAGUACUCCAGUACUCGUGCACAUAGUCAAUUAUCUACUCUGCUACCCGUUCGACCUGUCCUUUUUGAUGGUCGAAUAAUUGAUAAAAUUAGUGGGAAAGAUGAUGAACACAAUCAUCGUUCGAGUUAA